AUGGCGUGGCGUUGUUCCGCCACCGGCCAUGCGGAGCUCGUGCGAAACCUCCGCAAGGCUGGCGUGAUACACUCCGAUGCUGUGGAGAGAGCCAUGCUCUCGGUGGAUCGCAGCAACUACACGCCGAGGAACCCCUACACGGAUGCGCCGCAAGCCAUCGGGCACCAGGCGACCAUCAGCGCCCCCCACAUGCACGCCCAUGCCCUGGAGCUGCUCGAGCGCCAUCUGCGCCCAGGCAUGCGGGCCCUGGAUGUGGGCAGCGGAAGCGGGUACUUGUCUGCGGUGAUGGCCAGAAUGGUGGGCGAGGAGGGGAAGGUGAUCGGUAUUGACUACUUGUGGCCACUGGUGGAUUUAGCUGUCGCGAAUGUGCACAAGGCUGACGCGGACUUGCUGAAUAGCGGCACCCUUCAGUUUGAACAGGGUGAUGGCUGGAAAGGCUAUGAGAAGGCCUCGCCUUUCGACGCCAUCCAUGUGGGGGCUGCAGCCGAGCGGCUGCCUCAGAGACUUCAGCGUGGAGCGCUUCAUGGCCCCUUCAAAAAGAACCCGCCCAGCCAUCCAUCCACAUCCAUCCACCUCCAUCCACAUCCGUCCACAUCCAUCCACCCAUCCAUCCAUUUCAGUUGGGAAGGCCGUUUCUGGGUUGCUGAAGGAUAG